UGCAAGCAGGUGUGCUCAAGAGACUUCAGCCCAGGCCACCUGGCAGCUCCAGGUGCUGUAUGUGCGCUGCCAUGGAGACGGGCCCCAGGGUUGGUGGCGAGAAGGCAGCUUUUCAAAGCUUUUUGGAGAGAGAGAUUCAGGGAAGGGAGAGACUGGAGCCUCAGGCCCUUCAGGGUAGUCUGCUGACUACUCUAGGGCCAACUGAAGCUCAGGACGUCUCUUGCCGGGCCUCCUGGUAUCUGGCCUGAGGAUGGCCGAGCAGCAGGGCCGGGAGCCCGAGUGCCCCGUCUGCUGGAACCCCUUCAACAACACAUUCCACACCCCUAAAGUGCUGGACUGCUGCCACUCCUUCUGCGUGGAAUGCCUGGCCCACCUCAGCCUGGUGACUCCAGCCCAGCGCCAGUUGCUGUGCCCACUCUGUCGCCAGCCCACUGUGCUGGCCUCCGGACAGCCUGUCACUGACUUGCCCACAGAUAUGGCCAUGCUCACCCUGCUCCGCCUGGAGCCCCUCCGCAUCAUCCUGGAAGGUCACCAGCUCUGUCUCAAGGACCAGCCCAAGAGCUGCUACUUCCUGCGCCAGCCCGGAAUCUACACGCUGGAACUGGACCCCCGGCCCGGGAGCCGGACUGAGGACCCGCAGGCCAUGGCCCCUGCCACCACGCCCCUGCCCGCUCCCAUCUCCAGCCACUACUCUCUGAGGGAGUGUUUCCACAACCCUCAGUUCCGGAUGUUUGCCUACCUGAUGGCUAUCAUCCUUAGCGUCACUGUCUUGCUCAUCUUCUCCAUCUUUUGGACCAAGCAGUUCAUUUGGAGUAUGGGGUGAGCAUCUAUCUGUUCCUGACAAGGAACCAAGCCUCUCCCAGCUGCUGCUGGUUAUGGGGACUGCAGAGCCGAGUGUGUGGUUGUCUUCCCCUGUAGUGUUGUUUAUUUGUACAAUCCACGGGCCGGUUAGACCAUGUGCUUGCUUCUGGGAACAGCGUCCUGCUAUAUGAGAACCUCUGAAAGCUGACGUGGUGAGGGAGGGUGUGAGACCACCUCUGGGUGGGAGCUCUGAGGGUGCACGGGACGGGGACAACUGCUGUCCCUAGAAACCUUUCUAGCCCAGAGAGCAAGCUGCAUGUCUCACUGGAGCUGCUCUGAACUCGUUCACUUUUUUUUUUUGAGUUGUUCUUUUUAUUGGGUUGCUAAAAAAUUGGUAAAAUGAGCUUCAAUUCUGUGAGCAAAUAUGUCUCCUCCUUGCAGUUUUCUCUUUACUUUGCCACCAGUCCCAGUAAA